AUACCAAGCCCAAGCUGUCUGCCUUGUCAGAGUAAUUACGCCAAUAAUUCAGAUGAUAAUGUGCUUCACCGCAAAGAAAAUGGAAACAUUGUAAUCCAAGGAAGAAUUGGAGAAAAACUGCAAAAUAUAAUGUUUGCAUUAAUCAUUUUAAAGAAUGUGGCUUUGAAAAGGAUGGAAAACUACGAAGUCAAGGAUGAAGGAGACAGGACCUACCCCUCGAGAGAAGCAAUGGAGGAUGAUGAUGAGGAUCCUUUGGCAAUGUGCAAUGAAAAUCUUUUUGGCGAUAGCGCCUUACCUGUUGGUGGAGAAUACGAAACUGUGCGUGACAUCUUGGGCUCAAGGUCACAGAUUCGUAAUGGAGUCUGCAGCACGCCCCCACUCAUCGAUGGAAACUACAUAGCUCUUGGGAAAACAAAAGUGAAAGGAAGCGAGAGUCCUGUGCGCAAGGAUCAGGCAGCAGAGAAUGAGUCACAGUUUCCGAAGCUGAAUACCGCAAAGCGCGAAGGAGACAGGACCUACCCCUCGAGAGAAGCAAUGGAGGAAGAUGAUGAGGAGGAAAUAAAGCCACCAUUCGAAGUGUUUCUGAAUCCGGAGGAGGUGCCCAUUGGAGAGGUGAAGCAGGAACAAAAGGACCCUUUGGCAAUGUGCAAUGAAAAUCUUUUUGGCGAUAGCGCCUUACCUGUUGGUGGAGAGUGCGGCAUUGUGGGAGAUACCUUGGACUCAAAGGCACAAAUUCGCAAUGCCUUCUGCACCAUACCCCUAUGCAAUGAUGGAAACUACCAAACUCUCGACAAAAGAAGAUUUCAUAGCCGCGUGAAAGCUGGGACCAGAGAAUACGAGUUGGAACACAAUAAAACAUGUUCUCUAAUUGUGUUGAAACAGUGCUUCACAGAUUUUCUUCAUAACAUGGAUCAAAUAAAAAUAUUGUCGGAGUGUGUAAUUAAAAUAGAAAAUGUGAAACAGGAUCCUGAUGAUCAUCCCCAAGAAGAAGAUAACAAUUUCACAGAAGGAAGUGAGCUGUGGCCCUUGAAGAGACAGUUGAAGGAGGAAGAUGAGGAAGAGGAGCUGAAACCGCCCAUCAGAGUGUUUCUGUGUCCGGAGGAGGCGCCCGGCGGAGGGGCGACGGCGGCCCAGGAAGACGAGGACCCUUUGGCAGUCGGCGCUGAACCGCUUCGUGGUGAACGUGAGCAGUGUGCUGGUGGAGAAUACGAAACUGUGCGUGACAUCUUGGGCUCAAGGACACAUAUUCGUAAUGGAGGCUGCAGCACGCCCCCACGCAUCGAUGGAAACUACAUAGCUCUUGGGAAAACAAAACUGUGGGAGCUGAUGGAGCUGGUGACGUACUCCGUCUACGCGGAGGAGGAGCUGAAACCGCGCGUCGCUGCUGCUGCCCUGGCUGUUGGUGUACAGCGUGCUGACCUGCCUGUCCCUGAUCGUCAUCUGGCUGACCGUCUACGCCAUCUUCAAGAACAUGGAGUUCCUGGACGCCGUCGGCAUGCUGUCGCUGUCGCUCUUCAAAGCCGCGCUGGUGCUGUACUGCAUACUGGUGGUUCACAGCUUCUACUGUAGCCUCAAAGAGACGGCAGCGGUGGGUCCGCAGGCGCCACCCUACCUGCACGCCCCCGCCUACAGCCUCCCACAUUGAGUGCCUCACUCGCGAGUCUUUGCCUAAUGUACGACUACAACGUGUAAAUGAAAUUUCAAAUGAACAAUUCCUUAUUUUGUAUAUUUAAGAAUAUAUUAUUAUCUCAAUGACGGCUUAUUUUUUCCUUGAUUUUUCAGCAGAAGAUUGUUCAUCGUUUCAAAGUUGAGUUCUUUAAGAUUACCGUUUUCAUAGAAAGCUCGCUUAAACUGCUUAAUUUCGCUUGACAUAUUCUCGGGCAUACCCAGUACGCCACACGAUCCUUCCUAGGAACAAUUUGCUACUCACGAAUUAAAAACGGGUCAACAAGCUUUACUCAGCCUGGACAAGCUGAUAACAGCUUAUCACUGAACACAAUCCCGCAUUCCAAAAGGAAUCAAUAUAUGUACGAUAAAAAUUCUACAAUAUGCAUUAGCAAUGUCGCUAGUCCUAUUUGUAGCGGUCUUCUUAAAGGAAAAUGUAUACUUUAAAAACUAUUAUUGCAAUACCGAGUACUGAUCAUGGAAUUUGGUAAUUUAAAGCUAACAAUAAAACUAUUCCUAUAUGCCCAUGUUUCGAAAUGCAGGUGAUCCUGAAUGAAU